AUGAGACUUAAAAUAUGUUGUUUGCUAAAAUGCGACAUAGUAUGCUGCGUAUUAUCGUGGAGUCUCGUUUUGGGGCAGAUUCGUUAUUCGAUUCCUGAAGAACUGCAGAUAGGCGCAUUUGUUGGAAAUAUCGCAGCCGAUUUGGGUUUAGAUUUAGAGCAGCUCUCGUCUCGCAGUUUGCGGAUUUCACCCGGGUCUAGGAAGCUGUAUGUGGACGUGAAUUUAAAAAAUGGAGAUUUGUUUGUGAAGGAAAGAAUUGAUCGCGAAAACCUUUGUGCAUCGAGCCUCACUUGUGUAUUAUCCGUGGAUGCUGUGCUUGAACAUCCCUUGAAUUUGUAUCAGGUUGCAGUUGAAAUUCUCGAUGUAAAUGACAAUGCUCCCAGUUUUCCAAAAAGCCAGUUCCGCCUCGAAAUCUCAGAGGCUGCUGCAACUGGAGCUCGUUUCCGCCUCGAGUCCGCUCAUGAUCCGGACAUUGGAAAUAACUCCAUACAAACAUACCAGCUGCUUCCGAACGAUUACUUUACUCUCGAUAUACAAAUGCACGGCGGGGAAAGAAAGCUACCCGUAUUAGUGUUACGGAGACCGUUAGAUAGAGAAACAGUGCCGAUGCACAGGUUAAAUGUCAUAGCCAAAGACGGCGGGAUUCCCAUAAGGUCAGGUACUGUUCAAGUUGCAAUAAUAGUCAAAGAUGCGAACGACAACGCGCCUGUUUUCCCACAGUCAGUUUAUAGAGUCAAUGUCUUGGAAGCAGCAACGGUGGGAACUCGGAUAAUCAGAUUAAACGCCACUGACUUGGACUUUGGCAAAAAUGGAGAGAUAAUAUACUCGCUCAGUAGCCAUAACUCUGACAUCGUUCGGGAAAUUUUUGAGGUGGAUUCAAAAACUGGCGAAAUCAGAGUGAAAGGAAAGUUGGAUUAUGAAGAAAACAAAGCCUUUGAAAUUAACGUUCAAGCAAUGGACAAGGGAUAUGAUGGAGUGCCUGCUCACUGUGACGUGCUUGUAACUAUUAUUGAUGUGAAUGAUAACCCCCCUGAAGUGACAUUGGUGUCUUUGUCCAGUACAGUUUCAGAAGACGUUCCGGUUGGGACUGUGGUCGCUCUGUUCAAUGCAGCAGAUAAAGAUUCAGGACAAAGUGGACACGUACAAUGUCAAAUUUCAGAUAGAUUGCCAUUUAAAUUAGAUUCAUCCUUGAAAAACUAUUAUCGACUCCUUGUUGAGGAUCUACUGGAUCGGGAAAAUAUUUCCAAUUAUGACAUUACAUUAAGCUGCACGGAUGCAGGAAACCCUCCUCUUACAACGACGAAAACCAUUCAAGUGGAGGUUUCAGAUAUAAAUGACAAUGUGCCACGGUUCUCACAGCGUUUUUAUACUGCAAAUGUUAUGGAGAAUAACGUUGUUGGAAGCUCCAUAUUCUCAUUGACAGCCUUUGAUCCAGAUGUAGCUGACAAUGCUCGCCUGAAGUAUUCUAUCCCAGAAACUCGAGUUCAGAACGAUUCGGUAUCCACUUAUGUUUCUAUUAGCUCGGACACUGGUGUCAUAUUUGCUCAGAAACCUUUUGACUACGAGCAAAUGAAAAACUUUCAGAUGCAAGUUCAGGUCAGGGAUUCUGGAUCUCCACCGCUAACCAGUAAUGUUUCAGUGAAUGUUAUUAUCCUAGAUCAGAAUGACAAUGCUCCCGUCAUCGUUCAUCCACUAACUGAGUUUGGUUCGACAGCAGUAGAGACAAUACCUAGGUUUGCAGAGCCAGGAUACCUGGUUGCGAAGGUAUCAGCAACAGAUGCUGAUGCCGGUCAGAAUGCUCGUCUUUCUUAUUCAAUUUUUCAGGCUACCCAACAUAAUCUUUUUACUAUUUCAUCAAAUACUGGGGAAAUUUGGACUGCCCGUAGUAUUGUGAAUACAGAUGCUUCCAAACAACGAUUAGUGAUUGUGGUAAAAGACGCUGGAAUGCCACCACUUUCUGCCACAGUGACAAUCAUCUUAUCUAUGGUGGGAAAAGAUAAAGACACAUUUUCCAGCGUCAACAGCUCGUCUGAAGGUCCAGCUUCCACUCCCGAUCUGACCUUUACCUUGGUAAUAUCCUUAGGAACAAUUUCUCUUGUUUUUCUGAUUAUUUUGAUUGUUCUUGCUAUUAAAGUUCAUAAAAGCAGGGAAGCUUUAGGUGAUCAAUACUGGUCCCUUGGCGUCUGUUGCUGCGUUGACACGAGGAAUUCUCUGAAUGGAAUUCAAAAGGCAAGUAGAAACCUACAAAUACCCUCGAACUAUGUUGAAGUAUUUGGAGGUGACCCGCUUUCUCAACGUUUCCGCUACGAGUCAUGUUCAACAUUACAAUCAAUGAAGACAGACUUCAUAACUUACGUAUUGGCUACGAAAUUUUAAAUUUUUGUAAGUGUCUUCUCCUCCUGGAAUUUGGCGUUUGUGCAGAUUCUUUACACGAUUCCAGAGGAGCUCCAACUGGGUAGCUUUGUUGGGAAUAUCGCUGAGGAUUUGGGUUUAGAUAUAAAGCAGCUCUCAGCUCGUAAUUUCCAGAUUGUACCCGGGUCAAGAAUGCAAUAUAGGGACAUAAAUUUAGAUACUGGCAUUUUAUUUGUGAAGAAAAUAAUUGACAGAGAAGAGAUUUGUGGCUCGAGUUUGAAUUGCGUGCUAACCUUGGACGGUUUGCUCUAAAACCCCUUAACUCUGUGCCAGGUUGCAGUGGAGAUUCGCGAUGUAAAUGACAAUGUUCCCGAUUUCCCAAAAAGACAGCUCCGCCUUGAAAUCUCAGAACUUUCUAUGCCGGGAACGCGCUAUCCACUCGAGUCCGCGCAUGAUCCGGACGUUGGAACCAACACCGUUCCAAAUUAUGAGCUCCUUUCGAACAAUAAUUUUAUUCUCGAUGUAGAAAUACGCGAUGGGGAGAAAUUGUCAACGUUGGUGCUGCAGAGUUCCUUAGAUCGAGAAAAAGAAUCUAGCCAUUUAACGUUGAUAGCCAAGGACGGCGGUGUCCCAGUGAAAUCGGGCACUGAUCACGUGACAACCAAAGUAAAGGAUACAAACGAUAAUGCACCUGUGUUUUCUCAGUCACCUGAUCAAGUCAGCUUAUUGGAAACUGCACCCACAAGAACGCGGGUAAUUAUCUUAAGUGCCACUGACUUGGAUGAUGGUCCCAAUGGAGACAUAACCUACUUGUUGAGUAGCCACAUUUCAGGUAGAGCUCAGCAACUGUUUGGCGUGGACUCCAAAUCUGGCAAGAUAAAAGUGAAAGGGAAGCUGGACUAUGAAGAAAUCGCAGCUUUUAGCAUUAACGUGCAAACUAUCGACGGUGGCACCGAUGCAGUGCCCGCAUUUAACUUGGAUUCCUCUUUAAAGAAUUAUUAUGGAAUAUUCGUUUAUCAUUCACUGGAUCAUGAAAAUAUCUCCAAUUAUAACGUCACUAUAGCAUGUACGGAUGCAGGAAAUCCUCCUCUAACAUCCGAGAAAACCUUUCGGGUAGCGAUUUCCGAUGUAAAUGACAACGAGCCACUGUUCACGCAAUCUUCCUACACGGCAAACGUAAUGGAGACCAACGUUAUUGGUGCGUCUAUAUUUUCCAUCACAGCCUUUGAUUCAGAUAUGGGAUUAAACGCUCGACUUAAAUACUCAAUGCUGGAGACUGAAGUUCACAACGCUUUAGCAUCCACUUACGUCUCUAUUAACUCAGAGACUGGUGUCAUAUUCGCCCAGAGAUCUUUUGACUACGAGAAAUUGAAAAACCUCCAAAUCCAAGCACAGGCCAUGGACUCUGGUAUACCAGCGCUCGCAAAUAAUGUUUCAGUGAAUAUUAUUAUCCUUGAUCAGAAUGACAAUGUUCCAACUUUCGUACAACUAUUAGCCGAGUUUGGGUCAACAGUAACAGACACAAUAUCCAGGUUUGCCGAACCUGGCUACUUGGUUACCAAAGUAUCCGCCACGGACGCUGACGCCGUUCAGAACGCUCACCUUUCUUAUUCGAUUUUUCAAACUAGCCAGAAUGACCUCUUUGCUAUUUCACCAGACGCAGGAGAGAUUUGCACAAUUCGCCAUCUUGCAAAUAAAGAUGUCGCUGAGCAAAGUUUGGUGAUUCCAAUAAAAGAUAAUGGAUCACCAUCACUUUCUGCCACAGUCACUCUCAUCUUAUGUGUGAUCGAUGGUGACACCAAAGCAUUUUCCAGUAUCAGUGACUCAUCUGCAAGCCUCGGAUUUACUUCUGAUCUGAGCCUUUCAUUAGUCAUCGCAUUAGGAGUAAUUUCUGUCAGUCUUUUCCCAAGUUUAAUUGCCCUCGCUGUAAAGAUUCGUAAAAUCAGAAAUCCUUUCGAUAAUCAUCAUUCUUGCUUCGAUGUUUGUUGUUGCGUUCAAACAAGGUAUGCUCGGAAUGAUAUUCAAAAGGCGAAUAGAAAUCUUCAGAUACCCUUGAACUAUGAUGAGGCUUUUUGGAGAGAUCAACUUUCUCAGAGGUUUUGUUACGAGUUAGGCUCAACAUUACAAUCUGCAAAGGGAGAAUUCAAAACCCUAAAAACAAUAACAAACCAAGAAUUGCAUCAGAAACGAGUCCAUUAG